AUGUCGCUGCCAUCGGCUUACGCGGUCGCCUCAUCGGCGAACGAGAAGAAGUGGUUGGAGAGUACGCUUGCAGAGAUGUAUCCAGGAUUGGAAGGCAACGAGCUCCAGACGCGUGUCUUUCAGGACUACUUGAUGGAUCCAGCCAAUCCCAACGUCAGGCUUCCACUAUUCAACAAGAAGGGCCUCCCUGUCUUCCACCGGCACACCAUUAACAAUCGCAACUACAAGGCGCAUCGCGAGAACCUGGUGAAGGGCAUCUUGCAAUCCGGUCUCCUGGAGGGCGUGCGCGGAGAAGCGUGGGCACUGCCCACUGCUGAUGAUGUCACUAGCUUGAAAGACCUUGCCGCCAACGCAGGCGCCGACAUGGGUUGCCAGAUGCAGUUGCUCUCGCACGCUACUUUGGUCGAGGCCAUUUACGAAGCUCACAAGAGGAGUCCAGACAACAAGUUUGUGAAGCAGACUCUGGCUAUCGGCGUGAGUUGCAAGGUGUUUUUUGGGCGCACGCCGCAAUUCAUUUGCCAGUACCUCAAAGACCUGCACAACCAGUUCCACAGGGGGGCCCAGAAGAGUUUCAUCGAGAAGUAUGAGAGCGCACAUUCGCACGAGAAGGAGUGGGCAGCGCACUGCAGAGCCAAGGGCAUCUGCGCGAGGGCGUUGCCAACGAAGGGGCCGGAUACGUACAUGAAGCAGUACUGGAAGUGGCUUCAAGAGAAUCAUCCAGGCGACUUCCGUACCUGGACGAGUUUCUUCUCGUGCAAGAAGGUAUGGAGGAUCCUGAGGGGGCGCCACAUCGACGUCGAGUACAAGGAGCGGGCCGAGGAUGAAUGCGACUUCGCUGACCCAUCCAUCAGCGUCGAGGACGCGAUGGCCGCCAACGCUGUCAUCCUGGACGCUUUCCUCUCCUUCACAGAUACGGCCCCCAGGGCCCAUUUGAACCUGCUGCUCCUGGAGGGCCUGAGGAUGGCGUAUCCCGGG